UAGGAAGGCUGCGAGAGAGAGAGAAAUUCAGUGCUGCGUGUCAGAGCGGUGUGUAAGAGAGAGAGAGAGAGAGAGCGUGUGUGUACAGGGCAUCCAUAUUUUUCUGCAGGACAAACGGAGUUGUUUUCACUUAAUUCUAUUUCAGCCUUUACCUCCUGCUCUUCCUGACAUCCAGCUCUGAACAAAAACCCAGGGGUGACUACAGACCGCCAGCUUCUGCCUGGCUGCCACAUCCAGCGAUGAGUCGAAGGGAGGCUUUGGUGGGAAACCCUGCACCUAGUGCGGCGCCUGAGGUAUCGGGCAACAGCACAGAGGCAGCAGGACCCGGUCCCCGUGAGACCAAAGAUGAGAUGUUCUCCAAAGUCAAAGACAAGUUCAUGAAUGAACUGCACAAAAUCCCACUGCCAUCAUGGGCCAUCGUCGCCAUUGCAUUUGUUGCUGUUGUACUAGUUGUUUCCUGCUGCUUCUGCAUCUGCAAAAAGUGGAUUUUCAAGAAGAAGAACAAGAAAAAGGGCAAAGACAAGGGCAAGAAUGCAAUCAACAUGAAAGACGUCAAUGACGGUAUCAAAACCGAGGCCUUGAAGGAUGAGGAUGAUGCGGAAACAGGGCUGACGGAUACAGAGAAAGAAGUGGAGCCUAAGGAAGAAGAGAAACUUGGCAAAUUACAGUAUUCCUUGGAUUACAAUUUCACAGAGAAUACGCUCAUAGUGGGGAUCAUCCAAGCAGCAGAGCUCCCUGCCAUGGAUAUGGGUGGCACUUCUGACCCCUAUGUAAAGGUCUACCUUCUUCCAGACAAGAAGAAGAAAUUUGAGACCAAGGUCCACCGGAAGACGUUGAAUCCUGUUUUCAAUGAGCAAUUCACCUUUAAGGUUCCCUACAUUGAGCUUGGAGGGAAAACUCUGAUGAUGACGGUAUAUGAUUUUGACCGCUUCUCCAAACAUGACGCCAUUGGAGACGUGAAGGUGCCCAUGAACAAGGUCGACUUUAGUCAUGUGACUGAAGAGUGGAGGGACCUCCAGAGCGCUGAGAAAGAAGAGCAAGAGAAGCUGGGUGACAUCUGUUUCUCUCUACGGUAUGUGCCCACUGCUGGCAAACUGACCGUGGUCGUUCUGGAGGCCAAGAACCUGAAGAAGAUGGAUGUCGGUGGCCUGUCAGAUCCCUACGUCAAGAUUCACCUGAUGCAGAACGGCAAGCGGCUGAAGAAGAAGAAGACGACAAUCAAAAAGAACACCCUUAAUCCUUACUACAAUGAAUCUUUCAGUUUCGAAGUGCCAUUCGAACAAAUCCAGAAAGUUCAAGUUGUUAUAACUGUUCUGGACUAUGACAAGAUUGGCAAGAACGAUGCCAUCGGCAAAGUGUUUGUGGGCUUGAACAGCUCAGGCACCGAGCUCCGUCACUGGUCAGAUAUGCUGGCCAACCCCAGGAGACCCAUCGCUCAGUGGCACGUGCUCAAGCCAGAGGAGGAAAUAGAUGGCAUGCUGGCAGCUCAGAAAAAAUAGAGCAGCCCGAGCUCAACCCACCACCCCCAUUCCCACAAACCUGCCCGUGUUGUGCUCUUUACCCAGUGCGUGUAAAUACCUCAGUGAUAAAAGGAUUCAUGCACCCUCACUCCUAAUUUCAUGUUUAAGUAAACCGCCUUCUCGGACCACCCCCUUGAGAUGUUGUGUUGUUACGUCGGUUUCGCCCCCUCGCCCCUUCCUUCCUUCCUUCGUUCCAUCGAUAAACUCUCUGUCCUUUGUUGUUUCAUCUCCAUCCACGACCUUAAAAGUCCCCGACCAAAUGCCCCCUUCUUUUAAGCAAUAUGAUCUGUAUAGAUAGAGCAUGACUGGAGGAAUUUAUUGUACCACAGGUGUAUAUAUCAGUAUGCAGACGAAAAAUGAUUUCUAGUUUCUGUGUUCGUAUGUUGUUACCCGUUUCCUAAACUGUGUAUAUCUUGAUGUUUUUAAUAAGAUGUUAUAUUUUAAAUUAUGUAAAUGCUGACAUAAAAGAGCCAAUAUUAUAUAUAACAGGAGUUUUAAGAAUUUUACCUUAUUGCAUUCCAAUAAAUUAUACGAUAUAUCUCUAUAUAAAUAUUUACGAGUUAAAGAUUUCCAACCUGCAAAACGCUAGUGGAGGUACACGCACUUCGUAAAGGACGGUUUGCGCUUCAUGUUUACAUUUAAAAAAAAAGCUUAUAGAUGUACCGUACAUGAUUAACAUACACACUGAACACAAAGGCCAUUAACUAAUAUGGUUUCAUGGUAUAAAUAUAAUAUGCUGCUGACAAUUAUACAAGCACAUGAUUUCGUAAGAACUUUUUGUACUAAUUUAUCAAACUGAGGACCUGUAUGCUUUGCAUAAACCACUUACUUGAUGAAGACCAAUCAGCCUUUUCUUUUGAUUUCUCAAACGGUGAUGCUGUUACGUUUUAUUAAAACAGGUUCCCGGUUUGCUUCUUUCUUGUUUUCUGUCCUUCAAUUCCCGAAUCUUCUCGAAUCCGGCGUAUUCGCGAAACCGUAAAUUGACCAUUUAUGGGACAGUCUCGAGCUGUAACCAUUGUGUCCUUGAAUUUGUGAAUCACUUCCUUUUCUCGUCUUUGAACUCAUUUUGUUUAGGAAUUUACAGUUCAGCCUCCAAAAGAAGGAAACCAGGAGUUUUGACUAGCUUUAAGACAACUAUUUUUUAGAUUAAGUCAACGUCUGAAUAUUUUUGGUAACUGCAUGAUUUUUUUUUUUUUUUUUUAACGAUCUUUGCUAAAGGCCGGG